GGAUUGGCGGAGCGUUUCGGCGGGCCCGGCGGAGGUUUGAAACGCGCAGCGCCGUUACCGGCCGCCAUCGCUCCGCUCAGCGCCCCGCCGCCAUGGAGCUCCUGGACUCCCCGGCGCCGCUCCGACCCCUGCAGGACAACCCCCGCCUGCUCGCGGCCGAUGGCGCCCAGAAGCGGCUCUCCGUGGAGCGCAUCUACCAGAAGAAGUCGCAGCUGGAGCACAUCCUGCUGCGGCCCGACACCUACAUCGGAUCCGUGGAGACCGUCACGCAGCAAAUGUGGGUGUUCGACGAGGAGCUGGGCCUCAACUGCAGGGACGUGACCUUCGUGCCCGGCCUGUACAAGAUCUUCGACGAGAUCCUGGUCAAUGCUGCGGACAACAAGCAGAGGGAUAAAAGCAUGUCCUGCAUCAAAGUUACAAUCGAUCCAGAGAAUAACACCAUCAGCGUGUGGAACAAUGGGAAAGGCAUUCCAGUGGUUGAACACAAAGUGGAGAAGGUCUAUGUGCCAGCACUCAUCUUUGGUCAGCUGCUGACAUCCAGCAACUACGAUGAUGAUGAAAAGAAAGUCACAGGUGGGCGAAAUGGUUAUGGAGCCAAACUGUGCAACAUAUUCAGCACCAAAUUUACUGUGGAGACAGCGUGUCGUGAAUACAAGAAGUUGUUCAAGCAGACCUGGACAGACAACAUGGGGAAGGCCGGUGAGAUGAAGCUGAAGCAUUUUGAUGGAGAAGAUUACACGUGUGUCACUUUCCAACCUGAUCUGUCCAAAUUCAAAAUGACGACUCUCGACAAGGACAUCGUGGCUCUGAUGUCCCGAAGGGCCUAUGAUAUUGCUGGAUCCACAAAGGAUGUCAAAGUUUUCCUGAAUGGGAAGAGGCUGCCCGUGAAAGGCUUCCGCAGUUACGUGGACCUCUAUCUGAAGGACAAAGUGGAUGAGACUGGAAAUGCACUUAAGGUCAUUCAUGAGGAAGUGAAUUCCAGGUGGGAAGUGUGCUUGACUUUAAGUGAAAAAGGCUUCCAGCAAGUUAGCUUUGUCAACAGCAUUGCCACCACAAAGGUAAUUCUCUCGCUCCUGUGGUCGUGUUCACUUCACACUCUUCAUUUCUGGCCCUGUUUUGUUCCCCUGGAGCCACCUGGAGCUCUUUGGUCCGUUCUCCCGCAGGGUGGCAGGCACGUCGAUUACGUAGCUGACCAGAUUGUGACGAAACUCAUUGAUGUUGUGAAAAAGAAGAACAAAAACGGAGUUGGAGUGAAACCAUUUCAGGUGAAGAACCACAUGUGGAUCUUUGUGAAUUCCUUGAUUGAAAAUCCAACCUUCGACUCUCAGACUAAAGAGAACAUGACUCUGCAGGCUAAGAGCUUUGGCUCAACGUGUAAACUGAGUGAGAAAUUUAUCAAGGGUGCAGUUGGCUGUGGCAUUGUUGAAAGUAUCCUAAACUGGGUAAAAUUUAAAGCUCAGACCCAGCUGAAUAAGAAGUGUUCAGCUGUGAAGCACACCAAGAUUAAGGGCGUUCCUAAACUGGAUGAUGCCAAUGAUGCUGGCAGCAAGAAUUCAAUAGAUUGUACGCUCAUCCUGACCGAGGGAGACUCAGCCAAAACGCUGGCUGUCUCUGGGUUAGGAGUGGUUGGUAGAGACAAAUACGGAGUGUUUCCCCUCCGUGGGAAAAUGCUCAACGUCAGGGAAGCUUCUCAUAAGCAGAUAAUGGAAAAUGCUGAAAUCAACAACAUCAUCAAGAUUGUGGGUUUACAGUAUAAGAAGAAUUAUGAAGAUCGAGAGUCUUUAAAGAGUCUUCGCUAUGGGAAGAUCAUGAUCAUGACAGAUCAGGAUCAAGAUGGAUCUCAUAUCAAAGGUUUGCUGAUUAACUUCAUCCAUCACAACUGGCCUUCUCUUCUGAGACACAACUUCUUGGAGGAAUUUAUUACCCCCAUCAUUAAGGCCUCCAAAAACAAAGAAGAAAUUGCGUUCUAUAGCAUCCCUGAGUUUGAGGAAUGGAAAAACAGUACACAGAACUACAACUCGUGGAAAAUCAAGUACUACAAAGGUUUGGGUACCAGCACAUCGAAGGAGGCUAAGGAAUACUUUGCAGAUAUGGCUAGGCAUCGAAUUGGCUUCAAGUACUCUGGUCCUGAAGAUGAUGCUGCCAUCACCCUGGCCUUUAGUAAGAAGAAGGUAGAAGAGCGAAAGGAAUGGCUGACCAACUUCAUGGAGGAUCGAAGGCAGCGGAAGCUGCAAGGCCUGCCGGAGGACUAUCUGUAUGGGAAGGACACGAAUUACCUGACGUACAACGACUUCAUCAACAAGGAGCUGGUCCUGUUCUCAAACUCAGAUAAUGAAAGAUCCAUCCCAUCUCUGGUUGAUGGUUUGAAGCCAGGCCAGAGGAAAGUUCUGUUCACGUGCUUCAAAAGAAACGACAAACGGGAGGUGAAGGUGGCUCAGCUGGCUGGCUCUGUAGCUGAGAUGUCCUCGUACCACCAUGGCGAGGCAUCGCUGAUGAUGACGAUCAUAAACCUCGCUCAGAACUUUGUGGGCAGUAACAACCUGAACCUGCUGCAGCCCAUCGGCCAGUUUGGCACAAGGCUGCACGGUGGGAAGGACUCUGCGAGCCCUCGAUACAUCUUCACCAUGCUGAGCCCGCUGGCACGGCUGCUGUUCCCACCGGUGGAUGACAACGUCCUCAGGUUCCUCUACGAUGACAACCAGCGUGUGGAGCCGGAGUGGUACAUGCCCAUCAUCCCCAUGGUGCUGAUAAACGGGGCAGAAGGGAUCGGCACCGGCUGGUCCUGUAAGAUCCCCAACUUUGACAUCAGGGAGACUGUGAACAACAUCCGUCGUCUGCUGGAUGGGAACGAGCCGCUGCCGAUGCUUCCCAGCUACAAGAAUUUCAAAGGCACAAUAGAUGAGCUGGGACCUAACCAGUAUGUGAUAAGUGGUGAAGUGUCUAUCCUUGAUUCCACGACCAUUGAAAUCACUGAGCUGCCUGUCAGAACGUGGACACAGACCUACAAAGAGCAAGUCCUGGAGCCGAUGCUAAACGGGACUGAGAAGACCCCCCCACUGAUCACAGACUAUAAGGAAUACCACACUGACACCACAGUGAAGUUUGUAGUGAAGAUGAGUGAGGAGAAGCUAGCUGAAGCUGAAGCAGUGGGGUUGCAUAAGGUCUUCAAACUCCAAACAAACCUAACAUGCAACUCUAUGGUUCUCUUUGACCACGUGGGCUUUCUCAAGAAGUACGAGUCUCCCCAGGACAUCCUGAAGGAGUUCUUUGAGCUCAGGCUGCGUUACUACGGGUUGAGGAAGGAGUGGCUCCUUGGGAUGCUGGGAGCGGAGUCUGCGAAGCUGAGCAGCCAGGCUCGAUUCAUCCUGGAGAAAAUAGAUGGCAAAAUUGUGAUUGAAAACAAGCCCAAGAAGGAACUGAUUCAGGUUCUUAUCCAAAGAGGAUACGAAUCGGAUCCAGUGAAGGCCUGGAAGGAACUGCAAAACAAGGAGGAGGAAGAAGAAGGAGAUGAGAGUGACAAAGAAUCAGCUGCAGCUACUGGGCCGGAUUUCAACUAUCUUCUCAACAUGCCCCUCUGGUACCUGACCAAGGAGAAGAAAGAUGAGCUCUGCAAGCAGAGAGAUAACAAAGAAAAGGAGCUGGAAGACUUGAAGUGCAAGAGCUCCUCUGACCUGUGGAAGGAAGAUCUUGCUGCCUUUGUUGAAGAGCUUGAUGCAGUGGAAGCCAAGCAAAUGCAGGAUGAAAUGGCAGGGAUAACUGGCAAACCUUUAAAGGCAAAAGGAGGGAAACAAGGAGGGAAGCAGAAGGUGACAAAGGCGCAGCUGACAGAAGUGAUGCCUUCACCUCAUGGCAUCAGGGUUGUUCCUCAGAUCACUGCAGAAAUGAAGGCGGAGGCAGAGAAGAGAACUAAAAGGAAGAUCAAGAGUGAGAAAAACGAAUCUGAUGAGAAACAAGAAGGAAACUCAUCUGGGGAUAAAGAGCCCUCAAGCCUUAAGCAGCGAUUAGCACAGAAGCGUAAAGCCGAGCAAGGCCCCCAGAAGCAGAGCACUCUGCCCUUCAAACCUGUGAAGAAAAUGAAGCGCAACCCCUGGUCGGACUCAGGCUCUGACUCAGAGUCGGGUGACUUUGAGGCGCCUUCCAAACGGGAGCGAGUGCUGCGCCAGGCGGCAGCCAAAAUCAAACCCAUGGUCAAUUCAGACUCGGAUGCAGAUCUUAACAGCUCAGAUGAGGAGUCUGAGUAUCAGGGGAGCGGCGGAAGCGACAGUGACUCAGACACAGACUGGAAAAAGAAGCCUCCCAAGCCCAAAGCUGCCCCAAAGGAAACCACAGAGAAAAAAGCUAAAGCUCCCAAGGAGAAGCCGCUGCCAGAUGCUGUCCCUGUUCGAGCCCAAGAUGUCGCUCCUGGAAGCGUGAGUCAGGAUCCUGCAGCUCCUCCUGUCCCCGUGCCUCGCACUCAGGCCGUGCCAAAGAAGCCUGCAGCAGCUAAGAAGGGCAGCACUGCCAAGGAUAACCAGCCGUCCAUCGUGGAUAUGCUCACCAAGAAGAAGGCGGCACCAAAGCCCCCAAGGGCAGCACUGAGGGAGGAGCUCCCACCUCCCAUAGCCGCAGCCAAGAAGCCCGGUGCCCCCAGGGGGCGGAAGGCCGCCAAGAGGCUGUCGAGUUCUUCUGAUUCAGACUCGGAUUUCGGCUCAAAGCCUUCCAGAUCUGUCGCAGGAAAGAAACCCAGGCAGGACGUCGAUGACCUGAGUGCAGGCGGCCCUGCGGCAGCAGCGCCCCGCAGCCGGCCUGGGCGCCUCAAGAAGCCCGUCCAGUACCUGGAGUCCUCUGACGAGGAGGACGUGUUCUGAGUUUUUAUCACCUUUUAAAGCGUUGGGCCACGGACUGGCAGUGAGCAGAGCUCGGGACAGAGCUCCUGCAGCCAAGGAACCCGCAUCUCAGAGUAGGAAUCUUUGUUAAUUUAACUUCAAAAGUGUUGGAUGCGAGUGAAUACAGAACAUUUUUCUAGGUUUAGGAUAAUUCAGAGUUGUUUAUGAACAGGAGCACCUGCUGCCUUUUCUCCCAGCCGGUGCUGACGUGUUUCCCUUCUCCCCGCUGGAGGCCCUGGUAAAUCUUCUGACUCGUUACAGUCAUUUUAAUGGCAAGACACAUUUGUGUAUCUUAAGUCCUAUAAGUUAUACAGAUGUUCCCCUUUUUAGAUACCUUUAAAAUAAUAAAAUAUUUUAGCUUUUAACUCCACAACCAGA